GAUGUGAAUUGGGCGACUCGCUUCACUACACUGAGCUACUUGGCCAUAACGGGGCGUUCCCAACUUUUUUGUUUUUCUUUUAUUUUUUCCGUUUAUUUUUUUCCACUCAGAAUCGGUUUCGAUUCUUGUAGUUUGUAAAUAUUUUUUAAGUUUUUGGAGCAGUUGCCUCGGGAUGGAACUGAAUUCUCUUUUAAUUCUGCUCGAGGCUGCAGAGUAUCUGGAGAGAAGAGACAGAGAGGCUGAACAUGGUUAUGCCUCAGUGUUACCAUACAGCUCCGACUUCAACAGGAAGAAAAAGGCACAGUUGCUCUCACGCAGACCAAGUAGCAGUGGCAACAGCAGAUCAUCGCACAAUGAGCUGGAAAAACACAGACGUGCUAAAUUGCGUCUCUAUCUGGAGCAGCUAAAGCAGCUUGUGCCUUUAGGACCUGACAGUACGCGACACACAACACUGAGUCUGCUCAAACGGGCCAGGAUGCACAUCAAGAAGUUGGAGGAACAGGACAAGAAAGCAGUGAAUGUAAAGGAGCAGCUGCAGAGGGAGCAUCGCUACCUAAAACGUCGCCUCGAGCAACUCUCAUUGCAGCGAACUCGCACUGACAGCAUGGGCUCCACUAUCUCUACUGACUCAGAGCAGGAGGUGGACAUUGAAGGAAUGGAGUUUACCCCCGGCGAUGGAGAUAGCGACGGAGUCAGCGACCCUGAGGAUCACUACAGCCCAUGCAGCUUUUAAUCAACGCACCUCUGUCCAUCUUUCCUGCAUUCUUAGACAGGAAGUGGACAUUUCAGCACUUCUUGUUUCUUCUGUACUUCCUGUUUUCUAUAUACAUCUGUGAAGAACAGUUUGUGGUCCGAUCAUCUGGCUCUGACCCAUCUCCAGACCAAGACCUAGACCAAGUGAUCGAGUGACCUACAGUGAUCCAGUGUGUAUUUGAUACGCUGCCAUCAUAAAACAGGCUGGAUCCAUGACCACACCUUUGUGAGAUAAACGAAGUAGCAUUUAGCACACUACGACUCACGCAUUUCUCACACUAAACAAACAAAAAAGCAAAAAAUAAGUGCUUGAAUGAGUUAGCA